GCGUGAAGCUUGAUUUGUUGAACGAUCCAAAACCAACUGUAAUACGAAGACUUAAUAAAACAUGGCAUCCUCCUACAAGAAAACUGUGAUUAAAUCAUAUGUACAAAUCGGCGAGAAAACAACCCCUGAUAAUUUAUACUGGAAAAACCUCGAGGUACCGAUAACGAAGAAGGAGUAUGGCGCCAUAACACACGUAGAGUUUUGUCCGGUUGAUCCAUACAACUAUGCUGUGACAAAUUCCACAAGGGUCCAGAUAUACAGUUCAAGAACCAAUCAAAUUCUUCGUACUAUAAGCCGAUUUCGGGAGGUUGCCCACAGUGGUUCAUUCCGGUCGGAUGGCCAGUUGUUGGUUGCCGGGGGUGAUGAAGGUAGUGCCAAGUUGUUUGAUGUGAAAAGCAAGUCACUGCUCAGAGUUUUCAAAGGACAUGAUGGUCCGGUGAACGUGACAAGAUUUCUCUCGGACAGGCUGCGUAUCAUGACCGGUUCCAACGACAGGAGUGUGCGUGUCUGGGACAUCCCCACGGAGAAGGCUCAGGUCAUCUACGACGAGCAUGAGGACUACGUCCGAUGUGGUGCCGUUAGUCAGGCAAGUCCCGACAUCUUUGUUACAGGUUCUUACGACCACACGGUGAAGAUGUUUGACGCGCGGAUGUCAGAGAGUGUGAUGAUGGUGGAUCAUGGUCAGCCCGUCGAUGAUGUCAUCAUGUUCCCUCACGGGUCGGUCUUCCUUACGGCAGGAGGCAAUGUCGUAAAGGUGUGGGACGUGCUGUCUGGCGGGAGACUGCUGACCACGCUGUGUCAUCAUCACAAGAACGUCACUGCACUCACCUUCUGCAGCAACUACCAGCGAUUCAUGUCCGCUUCACUUGACAGACAUGUAAAGAUCUAUGAUGUGACAUCGUACCAAGUUGUACACACGUUAGACUACCCCGGUGCAAUUCUCAGUUUGGGGGUUUCUCCCGACGACAGUCUGCUGGUGGUUGGAAUGGCAGAUGGGCUGCUAUCGAUUCAGAGGAGAAAAACAGACGAUACUAAACCAAAGAUUAAACCGAAGAAGAAACCUUCGUUCAGAUACGUAACCACAGGAAAAACCUACACACCUCACUCAGGAGAUCAUGUGAUUGGCCACCGACGGAAAGAGCAGCUCGCCAAGUAUGACAAAUAUUUCAAGUCGUUUCAACACAGCAAGGCUCUGGAUGCAGCACUCGAAAUGAAGGUUCAGCUCACCCAUCCCGAGGUGACGGUCAGUGUCAUACAGGAACUCAUCCGGAGAGGAAGUAUCAAAAAUGCGCUGGCCGGGCGCACCGACAAGUCGCUCCGACUCAUCAUUAAAUUCAUUCACAGACUGAUCACGAACACGAGAUUUAGACAAACUCUUACAGAUGUCACAAACCUGCUGUUAGACCUGUACUCUCAGCGUAUCAUGGAGAGCGGAGUGCAGACCUGUACUCUCACAGAGAGCUGGGCUCGUUUGCGCCACCUGGAGACCGUGGACUACGAGGUGGCCUACAUGAAGCAACUGAUGGAGGUGAUGGGGUUCAUGGACAUCCUCUUCUCCGCAUCCUCACAGACGUUGUUCAUGCACAGCUCCGACACGGACCUUAACAAUGAACUUAACACACCUCCACCCACUGUUCAACACACGUGAUAUUGUACAUUGUCAUAAUUAAAAAAAACAAAAAAACAUU